CUUCCUCUGGGCUCGCCGCGCUCAGUCCGGACCUCGCUUUUGGCUUUCGUUCCUUCGCUCUUGCUUCAACAGUGCUUGAACGGAGCAGGGUCGCAGCCACCCCAUCCUCAAGUCCUUUUGCCAGCCAGUCCAACCAACUUCGACUUGCACCAUGAGCUCUCAGAUCCGUCAGAACUACCAUGCCGAAAGCGAAGCAGGCGUGAAUCGCUUGGUCAAUCAGUUCCUUCAGGCCAGCUACACCUACCUGUCCUUGGGUUUUUACUACACCCGGGAUGAUGUGGCGCUGCCCAAGUUCUCCUCCUCCUUCCGCCACCUGUCUGAGGAGAAGCAUGAACAAGCGGAGAAACUCUUGACCUUCCAGAACCGCCGUGGGGGAAGAGUUGUCCUGCAGGAUGUCAAGAAACCAGAGCAAGAUGAAUGGAAGAAUGGAAUCAUUGCCAUGGAAGCUGCCCUGAAGCUGGAGAAGACCCUGAACCAGGCCCUGCUGGAUUUGCAUCAAGUUGCUUCACGCCAUACAGAUCCCCACCUUUGUGACUUCUUGGAGACUCACUAUUUGGAUGAGGAGGUGAAGGUGAUCAAGAAGCUGGGAGACCAUGUGACCAACCUGAAGCGUGUUUGUGCCCAGGAGGAAGGCCUUGGGGAAUACCUCUUUGACCGUCUCACUCUGGGCGAAUCCAGUGACUGAGCCUAGAGGUACUGCCUCCCUCCCAGUUCCUACAGCCUUAAGUGUGUUAAAAGUUGGCUGCUCAAUAAAUAUGGUCUCUGUGCCCCUGUCCAUUUGGGGGGGAGGAGCUGAGUCUGUAACUGGCAUUAAAUAAACUUGGCAUUAAGCACUA